AUGGCGCUCGACAACAUCAUGCACAUUGUUCUUUUCAAAUAUCGCACAGACGUUACGUGGAGCGACCUGGAAGAUCACUUCAAAUCCUUCAUGUCGCUCAAAACUCGUUCGUUGCACCCCCAAAGUGGCUUACCACUCAUCAAAUCGUUGCGCGCCGGAAAGAAUACGUCCUGGGAGCCGUUCUCAAAGGGCAUGACGCAUGCCUUCAUCUUAGAGUUUGCUUCACAGGACGACCUGGACUACUAUUUGACCGCGGAGCCAGUGCACGUGCAAUUCUCAAAGGAUGCGAAACCAUUGAUUGAGGACUCGUUGGUUGUGGAUAUCAGAGAUGGCGUGCUA